GUGAAAGAACUAAUUUCUAAUAUAUGUUUCUAAGACCUAGCACUCUGUUUCGUAUAUAAUUUCGAAAUUUAAAAAGUGAAAACACAUUUUUAUGCAGUAAAAUGCAGGAGAGACGUUCUGACAAGAUAAUACAUUGGAUGCACAACGCUUGCAAAAAAUGAAAUCAAUGAAAGCGAAGGCAAAAGCCAAAAAACACAAUGGCAAAUUUGGAAGAGUUAAAUUCCCUUCUAAAGAAGCUGCUCCUACUAAUCCAGAUUUGUCGCACCUACGUCCACCGAUAGACACGAGCGUGUCGUCUCUGUAUCGUGUGAGCAAAGUUUUAGAAACCGGAAGCGAUGAAGUUAGAUCCAUUUUGGCGUACGAAUGCGAUUUGAUAUACGAGUGUCGUAUAUGUCGAAGCCUCUUCAGAAGCCUGGUUAACUUCGUCUCUCAUAAAAGAAUAUAUUGUAAAGAAAAGUUUGACGUCACGUUUUAUAGAAAUUCUUCAACGAAUCACGAUGCUAUUCUGACGAGUAAAUUAGAUGUACAAAGACCAGAGAAAAUAUCUCAAGAAUCUAGCGAAAACAAUAGGAUCUUGAGAAGUCAAGUUCCUAAAGAAGAGCAAAAGAAAGAUCUCACUUCUGUCAUUAAUAUGUUACAGAAGAAACAAACAGAAAGUUUUCAUAGUCAUGUACAGCAACCUUGUUUCGAGACUGUGCAAUCGAAUCCCUCUGCGGUUUAUCAGACCGUCGAGUCUGUGGUCCAGACACCGAAUCAUGUGGAUCUAAUGAAAACGCAGGCAAUGGAGUUAAAAAACAUGAUAAGUGGACAAACUGCAGUAUUAGGCCCGGAUGGACAAGUUUUGCAAUCUACUCAAGAAAAGAACAAUAGCAACGAAGAUAGUGGCCAGAUUUGUGAAACAGAACUCAACUGUUCUACAUGCGGAGCAAAAUUUUCGACGAGAAAGACAUUGGCAGUUCAUACGAGAACACUGCACACGUCUCGUAGAUUAUGCUAUCCUUGCCCUUGUUGUUCCAGUACAUUUGCGAACACUUGGAGCGUGUAUCGCCAUCUCUUCAAAGUCCACAGGAAGUCGAACGAGCAAGUGCGAAAGUUCAGAUCGCAGAUUCAGGAGAAAGCAUUUAUCAAAGAUACAACUGCCGCCGAGGAUCUGGAAAGGCAGCAGGCUAAUAAAAAUUUAUUGAGCAGAGCGCCGCUCCGAAUUAAUGAAACACAGGAGUGGAUGAAUCAUUUAGAAUCUGAUACAGCGUUGCAAAGAUGCGGUGGUUGUGGGAAACGGUUUGAUAGAAAGGCAGCUUUGUCUGCUCAUUCGCAAUAUUGUCAUCAACGUGUAGCAGCCAAUGGAAAUAUAUCUAAAAUAAGAAAGACUAAUAAAGUUUCGCCGGACUGUAUUUCGAGCAACGUCGUGGUUGCUUUGGAGUCUUCAGAAAUUUGCAAUAGCAAUGAGACACCUAUUCGCGUGGAAGCUGUUGCCAGUCUGAGCAAAGUUGACUGGGACAUGUUAGAAAAUGGAAAACCAAUUUCACAGGAUAAAGUCAGUGAAAAUGUAACGGUUCCCACGACGAACGAGGAUAAAAUAGAGGCGGAUGAACAGAAUCAUUUCUCUACAAAUAAUGCCUCGAAUUCUUUAGAAAUCGUCUACACUAAUAUAAACACCCGUAAAACUAACGUUGGGAGUAAGAAAAGAAAAAACAAGGACAGCGCGAAGAGAUUGAUCACCAAUAUAGAUAACGGUACGAGAGUAAUGCCUGGGAAAGUAACCGUUGAAAAAGAAACGGAAACUGAAAAAGUGGAUCAUGUAUUGGCAAUGGAAAUGAAGGUAGCCUCGAUAGUGAAUCUUCAAAAACUGCAGUGCCUUUUAUGUAAACAAAAAUUCCCUUCGGUGAAUAAUUUAAGAAGACACGCUGCCAUUCACAUUGGUUGGAAUCGUUAUCAGUGUAAACUUUGUAGCUUUAAAUGUUUCGUUAAGUGUGACUGUGUUGCACACUGUAAUAAAGAACACAAUGCUCAGAAUAACCGUGUUAUUAUAGAAGAAAUGAUAUCUCAAAUACCAGACGAUAAAUAUACGUCUGAACAAGAUAUAACGUUGGAUAUAACUAACUUGGAAGAGCAGUUUCGUACACCGGAAGUUGUGGAAAUUAGUAUCUCUCCAGGGCAUAAAGAUCCGGAAAUUCAUGUGCAGUCGAAUGCAACGCAUGAAACGGACACGGGAAUAGUAAACGAAACGGGAACAAAAGCAGACGAUGAAACGGAAGCAAGAGUAGCAAACGAAACGGAAGCAAACGUGGUAGAUGAAACGGAAAAGAAAGCGGAAGAGAAAGUGGCGGAUGAAACGGAAGGAAAAGCAGCGGAUGUAACGGAAGAAGAAGCGGUGGAUGAAAAUUUGGCCGCGUUUCAAGAAACAGUAGACGCCACCGAGGGAAUCGAGGAGUCUUUGAGUAAUGGCAUUAAAAGCCAGAAUACUUCGGGACUGGAUCCUGAGCUCAGAAAAAUGGUGAUGGAAGUUAUCUUUGGAUCGUCCGAAGUAAGUUCUACGAAAGAAGUGGAAACGAAUGAAAGCGUGUCUUCGGAACAGUCCCAGGUAAAAUUGCAAAAUAAAGGGGACGGCGAAAUGCAAUCGAAAGAUUCCGAUUCGAAGGAAAAGGACAUCGCGUCCCUGCACGAUAGCUCGAAACCUCAGCGCCCCAUUCGGAAUAAGAUCAAACCACUGAACAAAGAUUUCAUUUACGAUUUAAAGGAAGUGACGUUUCGUAAGGACGUGGCGCUCCGAAAGGAUGGUUUGAUCGUGAAACCUUUCAACAAACCACUUGUGAAAAAGUCGUUGAUUCGGGAGGAAGAUAAUUUGGAUGACGAUGAACAAUUACCGAAACGUUUUAAAUCUUUAGAAAACAACGAAGUGUCGAUUCUGUGCGACAACAGUGCUAUAGACAAAUACGAGAUGAAGUUUAACAGAGGCGGUUUAAAGAGUAACCAUACGUUUUCCCAGUGUCAUGGGUAG